GGAGGGAGGGAGGGCAGGCGGAAGCGAUGGAGCCACCUCGAUCAUUGUCCAAGGACAAGGACAAGGACAAGGACAAGGAGACUAACUCCGAGUACCAGAAGAAGAGAAAGCUACCGACGGCGCAAGAGCUGAUAGCUUACUACGAGUCUCAAGGACUGGAGAGCAAAGAGGCUUCUGUCAAGGUCAUUGAAGACCUCCAGAAGGCUCUCUUCUUCAGGAUUACCAGCUCUUCCAGCUCCAGGGGGGUUAGCAAUAGUAGCGACCCCAACAAGAAGAUGGUGAUGGCGGAAACUAGUAGAAAGCAGCUGGAUGUGAUCAACGCCCGCCUCAUCAAUCUUGAAAUGAAGCUCGACUCCAAGCCCGGUUACCCACAAACCCUCGUCAUCGGUGUCGCCUCCGGGGCCACUCUUCGUGGUCUUGGCACCCUUUUCCCUCACGUUGCAGCUGCCUUCUCCCACAUCUGGAAUGCUGUUCGCUCCAUCACCACCAGAGUGAAGGAAUGACAAGGAGAAGAGUUGUUAACUUGCUUGCUGCAUGAACAAUCAAAACUAGUACUUGUACUAGUAGUAGUAGUACUAGUACUGACUACUUUUGAGCGCAUCUUCAAGAACUCAUCUAAUUUCAACCCACCAAACUUGUGUUCGUCUUUCUCAAGAUGCUUCAAUACUAUCCUGAAGAAGGCGACCUUGCAUGGCAGUGCUAUCCCUCCGGUGAAAUUGAACCCAUAUUCUUCUUCAGCCUUCUCUAAAAGGCAUUUGAAGAUGGGAAGGUUCAAGAACCGAGUUGGGAUUAAGAACCGCUCUCGUUCUGAUCCAACGUAGACAGCAAGGAAGCCCAGAGGGAUGUGAUUUUGAUGAGUAGAAGAAACAGCAGUGUCGGUACUAGUACUGGUACCAUUGUAGGAGUCUAAGAAGACGCCAUUGUCAUUGUUAUUAUUAGAGGAAGAAGAGAGUAGCUUCCCACUGCGCUUGAGGCUUAUGGACUUCCACCUCUUCAUCACUAGUUUUAGCUUUACUAUUUGCCUGAUCCUUUCCACCUUUUUCAUUGUAAUUGAAGCCAUGAAUACUCUAGAGAGAGAGAGAGAGGUCUAUGAUGAGGAGCCGGCCGCUUCUUGCUGCUUAUAUAUAUAUAUA